AUAUGAUUAAGACCAGCUAUCAAGAAAAGAAUGAAACUAACACUAAUGCUAGAGUGGAUACAGGCAACCAUAGAGCUUGCACACAAAUUUUAACUUCGAUGUGCUUCCAGGUGCAAAGCGAGAAAGAGAUCAUUUGCAAUAAUGAUGACUUUGUACCUUCUGAAGGUAUCCCUCUAGUAGUAAAUGGGACUUCAUCAAAUGAGAGUAAGUUACUGAACGAUAAAGGCAAAGUCAAGCUGAAAGAUUUCAAUAAGUUUAAUUUGAGUGGUAAAAGCCCUUUAAAGCAGAUUCUGUGCCCAACCACACAAGAUCAUAGUGCUCUUGGUGGAAUAGAGCAAGAAAACAAACUUCAAAAGUACCCAAAUGCUAUUAAAACUAUAAUGAAGAAAUCAACUAUGAAACGUCACAAAAAGGUUUACUCAGACAAAUUUGCAAAGCUAAGAGGGAUGUUUAAGAGCGAGGUAGUCAAAAAGCCUCUCUCGAUAUUAAACAAGUUGGACUCAGCCAGGAUUCUCAAAGAGAUCGGCAAAGCUGACGAUUAAGACCAGACUGGGCAACUAGAUAUGCGCCAUUACCUACACUUUAAUAAUUUUAAUUCAUAAUGUUUCAUA